UACUAGGUGACUAGAAAAACUACAUUUCCCAGCAGCCCUUUGCGUCUAUUACGCAUGCGUUUCUUUUCCUCUCCAAGUCUUUUCCCCCCCAGGGUCGAGCAGCAAGACUCAGUAGUUCUCAUGCAGCUGGCGAGAGGAGCCAUGGCCAAUUUCCGUCUCGCCCUCAUCCAGCUUCAAGUGUCUGCUGUGAAAACAGAGAACGUGAGCCGGGCCUGUGGGUUUGUAAGGACUGCGGCACAACAAGGAGCAAAGCUUGUGGUCCUGCCAGAAUGUUUCAAUUCCCCCUAUGGCACAAAAUAUUUUUCAGAAUAUGCAGAGAAAAUUCCUGGAGAAUCCACACAAAAGCUCUCAGAAGUUGCAAAGGAAUGUGGCAUCUUUCUCAUUGGAGGUUCAAUUCCGGAAGAGGAGAAUGGGAAACUGUAUAACACUUGCACAGUUUUUGGACCAGAUGGCACUAUGCUGGCCAAACACAGAAAGAUUCACCUGUUUGACAUCGAUGUUCCUGGGAAAAUCCGUUUUCAGGAAUCGGAAACGCUAUGUCCUGGUGACAAGUUCUCUAUGUUUGAAACUCCAUACUGUAAAAUAGGACUUGGGAUCUGCUAUGACAUCCGUUUUGCUGAGCUUGCCCAAAUCUAUACACAGAAAGGUUGCCAGCUUCUAGUAUAUCCGGGGGCUUUUAACUUGACAACUGGGCCAGCCCACUGGGAACUGCUCCAAAGAGGACGAGCCGUCGACAACCAAGUCUAUGUGGCAACUGCAUCUCCUGCUAGGGAUGAAAAGGCAUCCUAUGUAGCCUGGGGACACAGCACGGUGGUAAAUCCUUGGGGGGAGGUGAUAGCUAAAGCAGGCACUGAAGAAACUCUUGUGUAUGCAGAUAUAGACCUCAAGAAGCUUGUGGAGAUUCGUCAGCAGAUUCCUAUUCAUUCCCAAAAACGUUCUGACCUUUACGCUGUAGAAGCAAAAACUGCAUAAUGCUUUAUAGUCAUUCUAAUCACUGUACUUUAUGUAACCAUCUCUAUUUGAAUCAAGUAAAAUAAUGUAUGUUUCACAUAAAAAACCUAAACAAAGUUUUAUAGACAAUUGGAUUAAAUCCAUAAAAUAUCUAGAGGGAUCAAGUUGAAUCCAAGAGGAUUCAACCUGUGUUCUUUGUAUAGGUACUUACAUACUUCAUCCAUUUCAUAGUUCAUAAGCCACCAUCAGUGCCUUGCCCAUAAAGCAUAUAGUUUAAAAAUAUGAAAUACCGGUAGUAAACUAUUCUGGCCAAUACAUUUCGAAAAGGCAGGAGCCCUUUCUGUUUCUGUUGGUUGUAUGCAAGACUCAUCUUGACACACUUCUCCCUCAUCCAUCUUGCAAGUCCCAGUAUUCCUUGGUUUCUUGUAAAGUAGUCUAAUAUAUAUUUUUUCAUUUCUCAGUUUGUAGUUUCUCAGUUUGUAGUCUUUAGUCAUUUUGGGCUUUAACCUGUGGAAAUCCUAGCCAAUAUGGGCAGUGGUCAAGAAUUCUAAGAAGAUAAAGUCCCAAGCAUCUGAAGAGCCAAAGUUGGAAAACCAUUAUUCUAAAGUAGUUGUUCUUGAACUUGCAUCCUUAAUUUGUUUUGUACCUCCUAGCCAACAGUUUUAGUUGGGGCUUCUAGAUGUUGAAAUCCAAAACAUCUGGAGGACCAGUGGUUUAAAGGUCAAUAAGCUAAAAGUCACCACUGUACCAUCAUCUUAUACACUAGCCCUACAAGAUUUACAUUGAAAAAUCUGACGAAAGAAAAACCACCACCCCAGGAAAAGUAUCAAGAGAUGACUACUGCUUAUCAAGGAAUUCUUUAUCUUGCUCUUGUCUCCAACUAAUUAACCAGUAUGAUGCACACAUUAAAAAGAAGUAAAAAAAUAACAGUGGAAUAAAAUUUAUUAAUAAUAAAAACAGUUGUGCUAUUCA